ACAAGGGGUAAUCUUAGAGUUGAAAAAUUGAAAAAUAUCUUCCCAACUUAUAGUUCUUUUUCAAUUUUUGUUAUAGAUCUCUAAGAUUGUUGAAAAAUUGAAAAAAAAUCAAUGGAUAUACAACCCAAGAAAAAAUCCUUACCACAUGUGCUAAUCUUCCCAUGUCCAGCACAAGGCCAUGUAAAUCCAAUGCUAAAGCUAGCUGAACUUCUUGCAAUUCAAAACAUCUACAUCACUUUUCUCAACACCAAAUACAUCCAUAACCGACUCAUACAAUUCAAUGAUGAUAUUCAAGCUCUUUUAGAAUGUUACCCUAAGCUUCAAUUCAAGACCAUCUCUGAUUUUCACAGUGAGGAGAAACAUCCUGGAUUUGGAGAAAAGGUAGGUGAUGUAAUUUUGUCACUGAGUUUGUAUGGUAAGCCUUUGUUGAAAGAUAUAAUUGUCUCCGAGAAAAUAAGUUGCAUUAUUUUGGAUGGAAUAUUUGGUGAUCUUGCUACUGAUUUGGCUGCUGAGUUUGGGAUACAAUUGAUUCAUUUUCGUACUAUUAGUGCUUGUUGCUUUUGGGCUUAUUUAUCUGUUCCAAAGCUCUUGGAGUGCAAUGAGCUUCCCAUUAAAGGAGAUGAGGACAUGGAUCGCAUCAUAAGAAACGUGCCAGGCAUGGAAAACUUGCUUCGAUGUAGAGAUCUUCCAAGUUUCCGUAAAAUGGAUGAUAGUGAUACCAUAUUAGACAAGGCUGCACUUCUGACCCAACAAUCACUUAAAGGCAAUGCACUAAUACUCAACACGUUCGAGAAUCUAGAAUCCCCAGCUCUCUCUCAAAUUCGUCUUCAUGCCCCUAAACUCUACACCAUUGGCCCUCUUCACCACCACCUCAACACCACAAAAAAAACAUCAUCGUCAUCGUCCUCCUCCUCCAAGAGCAAUUUCUUCGAAGUGGAUAGAACUUGCAUGACAUGGCUUGAAUCUCAACCGUUGAAAUCGGUUGUAUAUGUUAGCUUUGGUAGCAUCACCCCAAUGAAGGGAGAAGAAAUCAUUGAGAUUUGGCACGGUUUAUUGAAUAGCAAAAAACCAUUUUUGUGGGUGAUUAGGCCAAACAUGGUACAAGAAAAAGGACUAUUGAAGGAGCUUGAGGAAGGGACUACUAAAGAGAAAGGGAUGAUUGUGGGGUGGGUUCCACAAGAGGAAGUUUUGUCACACAAAGCAAUUGGUGCCUUUUUGACACAUAGUGGAUGGAAUUCUACUUUGGAGAGUGUGGUUUGUGGUGUGCCUAUGAUAUGUUGGCCUUAUUUUGCUGAUCAACAAAUUAAUAGUAGGUUUGUGAGUGAUGUUUGGAAACUUGGGUUGGAUAUGAAAGAUGUUUGUGAUAGGAAGGUUGUGGAGAAUAUGGUGAAUGAUGUUAUGGUGAAUAGGAAGGAGGAGUUUGUUAGAUCAGCAAUGGAUAUAGCUAAGUUGGCAUCCAAGAGUGUGAGUCCUGGUGGUUCCUCCUACAACAACUUCCAAGAUUUAAUUCAAUAUAUAAGGUCUACUAGCCCAUAAGAUGUGAAUUUUUCCCUUUAAUUCUCCUACUAAAAACUUCUCAUAUUUUUAUAAGUGUGUAUGAAGAUCAUAAAAAUAAG